GUGACAGAGAGGAAAGAAAAAGAAGGCAAGGAAAGUAAGCAGGAAAAAGACGAUUCGAAUUCCGAAUAUUUCUGGGUAUAUUUUCAUUAUUUAUAGCAAUCUUCCUCUUCCUUUUUGCUCUUUUGCUUCAAUGUUGCAACAAGGAAUUUAUUCCAAAGUUAUUGCUUCAAAUCCAUCUUACCAUUUUUAAUUAAAUCUGCUUAACUUUAACAAAUCGUAUAAUAUUUUCAAAUUUCCAUGUUUAAAUCAUUCAUUUCACAUUUAUUUUCAAGAGAAUUGAGAAGGAAGAAAAGGAAUAAUCGAGUUGUAGUAAUAAUGCAGUAAAGUUGAGUUCAAACUCAACCACAACUACCCACAACUACCACUACAAGGGAAAACUACUUUUGAGUGUUAUCUCUCCUGCGAAGAAGGUAAAGGGAAAAAACAAUGGAAGUUGAGCAGCUCAAAGGUUCGCCGUAUCGGCGGCAUAAAGAUUUGGAAGCCGGUGGAAGUAGCCGCGGUGGUUUUUCCGACGAGGAUGGUGGUGGGUUUAGUCCGUUUGAUAUUACCACUACUAAGAAUGCUCCUAUUGAACGCCUCAAACGCUGGAGGCAAGCAGCACUUGUUCUUAAUGCUUCUCGGAGGUUUCGUUACACCUUGGAUUUGAAGAAGGAAGAAGAGAAAAAAGAAAUAAUCAGAAAAAUCAGAACGCAUGCACAAGUCGUACGGGCUGCAAAUCUUUUCAAGGAAGCUGCAGAGAGAGCACAGGUAACCCAAGAGUAUCCUGAUGUUCAACAUGGCGAUUAUGGAGUUAAGCCAGAGGAACUUGCUGCCAUGUCAAAAGAACACGAUUCAUCAGUUCUGCAGCAAUUUGGUGGGGUACCUCGGUUAGCAGAAAAGCUUAAAUCAAAUUUGGAGAAGGGGAUCCCAGGGACUGAAGAAGAUAUGCAGCAAAGGAAAAAUGUAUUUGGAUCAAAUACUUAUCCUCGAAAAAAGGGGCGAAGUUUUUGGCGGUUCCUUUGGGAAGCUUGUCAAGAUUUGACUUUAGUAAUAUUGAUGGUAGCUGCUGUGGCAUCUCUGGCUCUCGGUAUCACAUCAGAGGGAAUUCAGAAAGGAUGGUAUGAUGGGGGAAGCAUUCUCUUUGCUGUGUUCCUGGUUAUUUUUGUUACAGCCAUCAGUGAUUACAGACAAUCUCUCCAGUUCCAGAAUCUGAAUGACCAGAAAAGAAAUAUACAUCUUGAGGUUAUCAGAGGGGGUAGAAGGGUGGAGUCUUCAAUCUUUGACAUUGUUGUUGGAGAUGUUAUACCGCUUAAAAUUGGUGAUCAGGUGGCUGCUGAUGGAGUGCUAAUUUCUGGUCAAUCUCUUGCAAUUGAUGAGUCAAGUAUGACCGGAGAGAGCAAAAUCAUUACCAAGGAUGCAAAGUCACCCUUCUUAAUGUCUGGCUGCAAAGUAGCUGAUGGCUACGGUACUAUGAUGGUCACGAGUGUGGGUAUAAACACGGAAUGGGGUAUGCUUAUGGCCAGCAUUUCAGAGGACACCGGUGAAGAAACACCAUUGCAGGUGCGUCUGAAUGGCCUUGCGACUUUUAUAGGUAUUGCUGGUUUAACAGUGGCCUUUGUUGUUUUAGUUGUCCUCCUUGCAAGGUACUUCACUGGUCAUACAACAGAUGCCAAAGGAAUGCCAGAGUUCCAGAAAGGAAAGACAAGGGCAAAACAUGCGAUAGAAGGAGUCGUCAGGAUUGUCACUGUUGCUGUGACUAUUGUGGUUGUUGCGGUGCCUGAAGGUCUUCCCUUGGCUGUAACCUUAACGCUUGCUUACUCAAUGAGAAAAAUGAUGAGGGACAAGGCUUUGGUUCGUAGGCUUUCAGCUUGUGAAACCAUGGGUUCUGCCACUACAAUAUGCAGUGACAAAACUGGAACGUUGACCCUUAAUCAGAUGACUGUCGUCGAAGCUCAUGCCAAUGGGAAGAAAUUUGAUCCACCAAAUGAUGUUUCGUUGUUUUCUCCCAUGUUAUCCUCUGUUCUCGUCGAGGGCGUUGCGCAGAAUACAACUGGCAAUGUGUUUCUUCCCGAGGGUGGUGGGGAUAUCGAAAUUUCUGGGUCACCAACAGAAAAAGCCAUCCUUUCUUGGGGAGUUAAGCUUGGAAUGAACUUUGAUGCUAAAAGAGCAGAAUCUAAGAUCAUCCAUGCAUUCCCGUUCAAUUCAGAGAAAAAAAAGGGAGGCGUUGCUGUUAAAACAACUGGUUCUGAAGUUCAUGUACACUGGAAGGGAGCUGCUGAAAUUGUCUUGGCCUCGUGCACUAGUUUUUUGGAUGAAAAUGACACUUUGGCUCCACUGGACGAGCAGAAGGUGGCAUAUUUUAAAAAGGCUAUUAACCAGAUGGCAGAGCAAAGUCUCCGUUGUGUUGCCAUUGCAUAUAGAUCACUCGAGUUGGAUCAAGUGCCGUCUGAUGAAGAGAAACUAUCUCAGUGGGUGAUUCCAGACGAUGAGUUGGUUUUGCUGGCAAUUGUUGGUAUAAAGGACCCUUGUCGCCCUGGAGUCAAAGAUUCAGUUGAGUUAUGCACGGCUGCUGGUGUGAAGGUGCGCAUGGUCACCGGUGAUAAUCUUCAGACUGCUAAAGCAAUAGCUUUGGAGUGUGGUAUCCUAGCUUCAGAUGCAGAUUGUAAUGAACCAAACUUGAUUGAGGGGAAGUCAUUUCGUAGCAAAUCAGAAGCUGAGAGAGAAGAGAUUGCAGACAAGAUAUCAGUGAUGGGAAGGUCUUCACCAAAUGACAAGCUUUUGCUUGUUCAAGCUUUAAAGAGAAGGGGCCAUGUUGUAGCUGUUACUGGUGAUGGAACUAAUGAUGCUCCAGCAUUACAUGAGGCAGACAUUGGUCUUGCAAUGGGUAUUGCUGGUACAGAAGUGGCAAAAGAAAGCUCAGAUAUCAUCAUCUUGGAUGACAAUUUUGCUUCAGUUGUUAAGGUUGUUCGAUGGGGUAGAUCUGUAUAUGCAAACAUUCAGAAAUUCAUUCAAUUCCAACUUACAGUUAAUGUGGCUGCCCUCAUAAUCAAUGUUGUUGCUGCAUUUUCCACUGGUGAUGUCCCCUUAAAUGCUGUACAGCUUCUCUGGGUCAAUCUGAUAAUGGAUACUCUAGGAGCGCUCGCAUUGGCUACAGAACCACCUACAGAUCACCUUAUGCACAGACCUCCAGUUGGUCGAAGGGAGCCUCUUAUAACAAAUAUUAUGUGGAGGAAUCUAUUGAUACAGGCUAUAUAUCAAGUGAUUGUUCUGCUUACACUCAACUUCCGAGGUCAUGAUAUCUUGCGUUUGCGGCAUGAUACAACUGAACUCGCUAAUGAAGUAAACAACACAGUGAUCUUCAAUGCAUUUGUGCUUUGUCAGAUUUUUAACGAGUUCAAUGCUCGUAAGCCAGAUCAGGUUAACAUAUUUGAAGGAGUUCUUAAAAACCAAUUGUUUAUGGGAAUAAUAGCAGUAACUAUAGUACUACAGGUCGUGAUAGUUGAGUUCCUUGGCAAGUUUGCUAAAACUACAAGGCUGAACUGGCAAAUGUGGCUCGUCUGCUUUGUCAUUGGUAUAAUCAGUUGGCCUCUUGCUGCCCUGGGGAAGUUUAUUCCAGUACCAAAGGCUCCUCUGAGCGAGCUUUUAAAGUGUGGAAAAUCUCGUCAGAGAAAUAGCGACAGCUAGGGAGGGAAGACUGGCAUUCGGAUGACAGUAUACUUACAAGAAAGUAGAUGGUAGCUUCAGAUUUUCUGCGCGCUUUUGCUUUUGGUGACUAACAAAAACAUACCGGGUUGACAGUGGAUAUAAUUUUUCUUCCUGAUAUCAUUGAUGCCAAAUCUUUUGUAAACAGAUUUUUCUCUACCACUCCCUAUUUUGGCCGGGUUGUUAAUAUCACGAUUACAAGUUGUUGGUGUGUUAAAGAGUUAUUGGUUUAGGUUUUGUUCUAGCUCUGGGAUCGUAAGGCAUAUGACAAAAAUUUGAGAAUUUGAGAAUUCGAGAUACAAGAAUGAUUUCUGUGUAGUUGUUGGGCAAAUGUGUAUAUUCACUUCAGAUAGCAAGUAUGAGUAUGACCAUUGUUAUUAUUCCA